AAGCUGACUUGUCAUAGUCGACAUCUGGUGUAAAUUUAACAUUCCUUGUGCUUCUGAUUCGAAAAUGAACCAUGAACUGGAGAUCAAAAUGGUUGUGGUUGGGGAUGGUGCCGUAGGGAAAACCAGUCUACUCAUGAGUUACAGCAACAACGCCUUCCCAAGUGAUUAUAUUCCCACAGUGUUUGACAAUUAUACCACGGAUAUUUUAGUGGACGGACGCAAUGUCCGACUCAGUUUGUGGGAUACAGCGGGUCAGGAGGAUUACGAUAGACUCAGACCAUUAUCCUACACCAAUGUGGAUGUGUUUCUUUUGUGCUUCUCACUGAUCGAAAAAUCAUCGCUGAAUAACACAAAAGGAAAAUGGUUACCCGAGUUACGUCGAUACGCCCGCAAGGCUCCAAUAAUUUUGGUCGGGACUAAGAAAGAUCUGAGGAAGAUCUCAAGAAAUCCGGAGUCUUGUGUCUCGACCAGCGAAGGUGAAAACACGGCAUCCAGCAUUGGUGCUCGAAAAUAUGUGGAAUGCUCGGCCAAAACACAAGAUAACCUUCAUGAGGUCUUUAACGAGGCUAUUCGAUGUGUGGUGGCCCCACCCAAUUCUUUUCGUGCGAGUUUGAAAGGCUGUCAGAUCCUCUGAGAUUACAACGUGGCAAACAGUAGGACAAGACUGGCCUCAUUUGAAAUGUUCAACUUCCACAAGCCUGACCAUGUGAAAGCCCUCAAAGAACAUUAAAACUUCGAAUCAGUUCACAAACUUUAAAAAUUGUGACCAGCUGGUUUUGUAAAAAAAAAUAUUGAUUACCACGAUCGAGAAAUAUUUCUUUAAUAUUUUUGCUCUUUUGGAAAGGACCAAAAGUCUUUAACCUUUUCCGAGAUUUAGGCAAUAUUUCAGAGGAAAGUAAAUGUAAGAUGUUACAUAUUAGCGGACUAUACGCAACUUAUCUUAUUAGAUCCUCCAUGCCAGCCAUAAACAAGAGACCACUGAUUAGCACAAAUGCAAAGGGUCCGUUUAGACAAAGUUAUCACGCAAUUGUUGUCAAUCACUCUGAAAAAGUAAAUUAGCAGUUAAAUGUUACAAAAGUAAGGUGAAUUAUAACCUUUCAUUUGAAUAGUACUGGGAAUUAGAUUCCCUUUAGCGGUUAGAAAAGCCCGUGAAAACCAAACCCAAAAGAAAAAAAUCAAGCGCAUGGAAAAUGAUUUGAAGCACACCAAACCUUAAAGUGGCGCACUAAAUCGUAAAAAGACACACCAAACAAUAAAAAGUACACCACAAAAUAAAGAUGUACAAUGAAAAAUAUAGCUAAAAUGAAUAGUUUAUAGGUGCUUGGGCAUUAGGGGUUAGCCUUCCCCAGCCAGCAAAGCCAGCCAUCACAUUGGCCAUAUCAAGUUCCACGAAACCCCUUAUGUCCAUUGUCAAAUAACAAAAGCGAGUAAAACAAGAUUGCACCAAUUUCUUUUUAUAA